UUCCUUCAACACCUUCCACAAUAUUUAAUUAAUUAUAUUAAAAUACAAACACACAAUUUAAUUUAUUUUAAUAUCAAUUCCCAGACUCCCACGACACGGCGGUUAUAAAUCAUCAAUCAAACACAAAUCCUAAGCUCCCACAAAACUUCCCAAAGAAAAAAAAAAAAAAAAGAAGAUGAAGAAAUUGUAUUUUUUUUAAUUUUAUUUAUUUAUUUAUUUGGAAGAAAAGUCAUAGCGAAGAAAGAAGAAGGAGAAGAAGAAAAACAGCCGCGACCGCCGAAUAAGAGACUGCCAAGCAAUUUCGAGCUUUGAUUCGAUGGAUUGAAUUCGAGGUCUGAUCCUGCAGUUAAAGAAUCUGGGAAAUUUUUGUUUGUGAUUUUGGAGGUGGGUUUGGUUUGGAAUUUGGAUUGGAGGUGAUUACAAGUGGUGGAUGCUGAAGAUAUAGCUCCAGUUUACUUCCUUUUUUGUGUUUUAUGGAUAGGUUAUGCUGUUUUAGUUCUUCCCACUCUCAGUAUGGGGGCCGUUCAUCAUGUGGCUCUGGUAAGGGAAGAAACAACGAUGGGUUAAUAAAGUAUGGCUUCAGCCUGGUAAAAGGAAAAGCAAAUCAUCCAAUGGAGGAUUAUCAUGUUGCUAAGUUUGUUCGGACCCAGGGACAUGAGUUAGGAUUGUUUGCUAUUUAUGAUGGUCAUUUGGGCGAUAAUGUGCCUGCAUACCUACAGAAGCAUUUAUUUUCAAAUAUCCUUAAGGAGGAAGAGUUUUGGGUUGAUCCUAACAGAUCUAUCUCAAAAGCCUAUGAGAGGACAGACCAAGCAAUUCUCUCUCACAGUUCUGACUUGGGGCGUGGAGGGUCUACUGCUGUAACUGCAAUAUUGAUAAACGGUCAGCGAUUAUGGGUGGCAAAUGUUGGAGAUUCACGGGCAGUUCUUUCAAGGGGGGGUCAGGCAGUACAGGUGUCUACAGACCAUGAGCCCAAUACCGAAAGAGGCAGCAUUGAAAACAAGGGUGGCUUUGUCUCUAACAUGCCAGGAGAUGUUCCUAGAGUCAAUGGGCAGCUGGCAGUUUCUCGUGCUUUUGGAGACAAAAGCCUCAAGUCACAUUUGCGAUCGGAUCCGGACAUACAAGAUAUCUACGUAGACAAUAGUACUGAUGUUCUAAUCAUUGCCAGUGAUGGUCUUUGGAAGGUCAUGGAAAAUCAAGAGGCAGUUGAUAUGGCAAGAAAGACUAAAGACCCUCUGAAGGCGGCAAAGCAAUUAACCGCAGAAGCGCUGAAAAGAGACAGUAAAGAUGAUAUUUCCUGCGUUGUUGUUAGACUAAGGGGAUGAUACCAGUAAAAAACAGUAUUGCUUUGCAGGUGCAGUAUAUAGAAAUAAUUGAAGUUUCUUCAUAUGCAAGGGUGAUUUAUGAAUGGAUUACACAACAACGAAUAUAUACCUGCUACGGGGUGGGGUUACCGUAAAGCGAAUUUCUGCAGAGCAUGGAAGUGGCCAAAGACAGAGGAAGAGGGAAAUAGCCGAAUGCUUCCCAGUGUAAAUUUAUGCUCCUUAUUUUUAUGUUCGGGUGUUUUGAUAUUAUUUGAAUUCUUUGAGAAGGUGAAUUAGUCUGAUGUGUAUAUGGCCUUCUACUUUACACAAAUGACCAAAAGCGGCUGUGUGAUGACGUGGACGUGCUUCUAUUUGUGAUUGGAGGAAUGCAUUUUGUUUUGGACCAGGUUUUCCCUUUUACCCUAUGGAAUUGAUUGAAAUUUACUUACCAUUGGACACACAUCUUAGCUGGAAAUGGAAUACUAGGAUUCUUUCU